UGAGUCGAUCGGACAAGAAUCCUAGCUAGCCACCGUAGUGAGCACCAAUCCAACAAGAAAAAGAUCUGCCCCUCUCUCACUUUGCCGAAAGCCAAAACCAAAACCGACCUCAUCAAUAAACCAAAUUGACUGUCACUGGAAGCUAGCUAGCAAUAAGAUGAUGUCUUCUGGAGGCCCCAAAGACAAUGAGAAUCCUACGAUCCAUGCGGUGGAGAAGGCAGACGAUCAUCAGAAGAAGCGUCCUUUGGGUUGGUCUCAGUUGAAUUGUCUGCACGUGGUGGCCCCGCCACAUAUACACAAGGAAGACGAAGAAGGCAAGGACGACGAGGAGCUGUGGUUGUCGUCUAUGGAUCGAUCCGUCUUGCAUGCCAUUGUGGAUACAUGGGAAGCGUCUCGUGGAGAAGGAGUCAAGCUCUUGCGCAAGGCGGGUGUAGGAAUUCCCCCAUUUACCGCUUCCACUACAGCUAGUUCUCUACUGGUUUCAUCUCCACCUCGCUUUGUCCCCGCCACCACCAAGACCGGCCAAAGUACAUGUAGCGAAAAACAAGACCCAAAAGGACACGGUCGCGAUGCGAUUACAGCAGACGAAAUUUUUGACAUUAUUCGCAGCAUUCAAGAUCCAGAGCAUGCCGGGGUCACCCUAGAACAGUUGAGGGUGGUCAGCAGGGCUCAGAUCCAAGUCAAUGAUGUCAUGGAUGCCAAUUCCAAUGGAAACAGCAACCCAAAAAUAGAUACACUCGACCUGUCAGCUGAUCUCUCCUUUGUCUCUGUCCGAUUCACACCCACCAUUCCGCACUGUUCCAUGGCCACUCUCAUUGGUCUCAGCAUCAAAGUCAAGCUCAUGCGGUCUCUCCCCAAACGAUUCAAAAUUCACGUGGCCAUUGAACCAGGGACACACAACUCGGAAUUGGCAGUAUCCAAACAACUCAAUGACAAGGAGCGAGUAGCGGCGGCACUAGAGAAUGCGCAUCUGUUGGGAAUUGUCAACAAGUGUAUUCGAGAAGGAAUGGUCUUGUAAGUAAGUAUUGAAUAAGCAGUGCCACAGGUACACAACCAUAAAAAAAUUUCUGAUUAUAGAAGCAUCAUGAGCACUAUCAACAUGCGGGGGAUGGUGGCUGAACUCGAGUAUAGCCUGCAACUAUGCCAGCUGGCGGCUACAUGUACAGGACUUGCGGCA